UCCUGGCGAGAUUCGGGGGUGGGAAUCAAUGAGGCAGGAAGGCGAAUCUCCAGCCCUUUUGAGAAGGCACCACCCAGCCCUCUUGCAGCCUCUCACAUCUGCAGCUGCAGCUUCUUUCCUCUCAGCAACAGGCUCGAAGCAACAUGUCCUUGGGCAGCCUCAUCUUUCUCAUGAGCCUGCUGAGGGCUUUUGGCCUGGGGGACCCUGGUCCUUUAGAAGACGUGGUGAUAGACAGAUAUUACAUCCCUAAAAUCUGCUUGCGAGAAGUCCAGAUGGGGGAUUUCAUUCGCUACCACUACAAUGGGACCUUUAAAGAUGGCAAAAAGUUUGACUCCAGCUAUGACAGAGGCGCCACUGUGGCCGGCGUGGUGGGUGUUGGGCGGCUGAUCACCGGCAUGGACCGAGGCCUCCAGGGGAUGUGUGUAAAUGAAAAACGGCGCCUGAUCGUCCCUCCUCAUCUGGGUUACGGCAGUUUAGGAGUCGCCGGGCUGAUUCCUCCUGACACCACCUUGUAUUUCGAUGUCAUCAUGCUCGACAUAUGGAAUAAAGAUGACAAGCUGCAGAUCGACACCUUGUACAAGCCAGACCAUUGUAAUCGCACCGUGGAGGACUCAGACUUUGUGCGGUACCACUACAAUGGCACUCUCCUGGAUGGCACCCCUUUUGACUCCAGCUAUGGCAAGGAAGGCACAUACGACACCUACGUGGGAACGGGCUGGCUGAUCAAAGGCAUGGACCAGGGCCUGCUGGGGAUGUGUGCUGGGGAAAAGAGGAGGAUCACCAUCCCCCCAUUCCUGGCCUAUGGGGAGAAGGGCUAUGGCACAGUGAUCCCACCCCAAGCCUCAUUGGUGUUUGACGUGCUGCUGGUGGACCUGCACAAUCCAAAGGAUGGUAUCGCCCUGGAACACCUGGAGGUGCCAGAGUCCUGCAAGCGCAAGACUGUGACUGGGGACUUCAUCCGCUAUCACUAUAAUGGCACUCUGAUGGAUGGGACCCUCUUUGACUCCAGUUACUCCCGUAACCACACCUAUGACACCUACAUCGGGAAGGGCUACAUCAUCCCUGGCAUGGACCAGGGCCUGCAGGGCGUCUGCGUCGGAGAGAAGAGGAGGAUCAUCAUCCCCCCACACCUGGCAUAUGGGGAGAAUGGAGCAGGUGACAAGAUCCCUGGCUCAGCUGUCCUUGUCUUUGACAUCCAUGUCAUUGACUUCCACAACCCCGAGGACCCAGUGGAGAUUGAGACCCUCUUCCGGCCUGAGGACUGCAAUGUCACAAGCCGGGACAGGGACUUCAUCCGCUACCACUACAACUGUUCCCUGAUGGAUGGCACCAAGCUCUUCUCUUCCCAUGACUAUGACAGCCCUCAGGAAGUGACCCUGGGAGCCAACAAAGUGAUUGAAGGGCUGAACAGAGGCCUCCUGAAUAUGUGUGUAGGGGAGAAGCGAGUGAUCAUCAUCCCCCCACACCUGGGGCACGGAGAAAACGGAGCCCGGGGGGUGCCAGGCAGUGCUGUACUCCGGUUUGAAGUGGAGCUGAUGUCCCGGGAGGACGGAGUCCCAGAAGGCUACCUAUUUAUCUGGCAUGAGGACCCACCUGAGAACCUGUAUGAGGAAAUGGACCUGAACAAGGAUGGCGAGAUCCCACCUGAGGAGUUCAUCACCUUCAUCAAAACCCAAAUAGCAGAGGGAAAGGGCCGUCUCAUGCCUAGCUCGGACCCGGAGAAAGUCAUCGCUGACAUGUUUCAGAACCAGGACCGGAAUCAGGAUGGGAAAAUUACUGCUGAGGAACUGAAGCUGAAGACAGAUGAGGAUCAGGAGAGAGUCCACGAGGAGCUCUGAGGGGCAGCUGGUGCUCCUGCUUCUGCCAACAGAGAC